AGUAAAGGAGCUGUUUUCAAAGUCCUCCUCUGCCAUGGCAACACUAACAUUCCAAGUUUUCCUUUUUGUUCUUGUGUCUAUGUGUUUUGGAGAAGAUGUUAAUUUUCGACGUAAAUCUGAGACUAAACCAGUUCGUCUGUUCAUGGAGGAGGAGUUGUCCAACUACGACGGCAGCGAGGAAGGGCUUCCUAUUUAUAUGGCGAUAAAAGGGGUUGUUUUCGAUGUGACCAAAGGAAAAGUGUUUUAUGGCAAAGAUGCACCGUACAAUGCUCUGGUGGGAAAGGACUCCACCCGAGCGGUAGCCAAGAUGUCCCUGGACCCAGAAGACCUCACGUCAGAUACAACGGGGCUCAGUGAGGAGCAGCUGAAGUCUUUGGACACUAUUUUUGAAGAGACAUACAAAGCCAAGUACCCGAUCGUGGGCUACACCGCGUCACGCAUCCUCAACCAGGACGGGAGUCCCAACCCAGACUUUCAGCCGGAAGACCAACCUCAUUUUCAAAUCAAAGAUGAGUUUUAGCUCAUUUGUUUUAGGCGACUGUAGUUUCUUUCUGUUCAUUUUCACUGUGAUGAGUUUCCUUUUUGGUGAAUAACAAUAUGCAUUGUUUUUUGUUGAAACUAGACUGAAAAAAUAAAAGAUUUACCACCGCAUUUCUGUGUUUAUUACU